GACCCUGUGGUGGACAGGUCAACCUUGGACCCCACUUGCCUUCAGAGGUGUGACAUCUGGUGGAUUCGUGAAGGGGGCCACGUCAUGUGUUUCGGCGCCAGCCCUCAACUUGCGCGGCGCUUGCGCAAGUGGGUUGAGCAUCGGCCGCAGCCCGCCUGA